UCGACCGCCAACACUCUCAAAGUUUUGCCGCAGCCAGCGCCCCGCCUGGCAUCCGCUGCCUUUCCGUUCCACCGUGUCCACUGCCACUCUUUUUUAUUUUGUUUCCGUGCCAUUCUCACUGGUAGAUAGUCUGGAUAGUUUGGUCUUAGCUGGUGGCCCUGGACCUCACCGGCACUAGCCAGCCUCAUCUGUCUGUCUGUCCAUCCACACACCAUCAUGAGUUAUCAGCAACAGCGUCCAACGCGGCUGAAUCGUCCUCAUCCGCCUUCCCACACGGACCAACAGCGUUACGCCCAACCGACGCUCCCCCAAAGUUCCUCAUCACCCAGCGCUGAUUAUGGUCAGCGAACACCCCUUAGUCCACGUUCCCAACCGUACAUCACAUUUCAAGACGCGGAGCUUGGGGACAGGCAGGAGUCGCUCGACUCGCAGCGCAGGAGAACGAUGCCCUCUGCAUACCAAAACCAACUGCCAACCACUCCCCAGGACCCCGAAGGUGGGGACUACGGAGAUGGGGGAAAGGUCGGCAGAAAGAAGAGCCUCGUUCGGCCUGAUAGAGAAAAGAUAGAACCAGGCCAUCGCCUAUGGCAUUAUCGUACGCAUGCCUCUCGCUUGGAGGGUGAGGACGAUGGCGGCGUAGACGUUCAGCCCUCGACUACCGGAAACUAUCCUAGGGAAAAACUUCGUCGAGGAAAGUCACUUUUAGGCCGAGAGCAAGAUGUCCGAGAAACUGGGCUUGCCGCCUUCAAACGUGGAGCGACUCUCCGGCGGAAACGGCCACCCUCAGCCCAGUCCUCUGCACCACUCAAUCCUACAGACGGCACUUCGCGUAGCUGUUUAGAUCGCAUGGGCCCUGGCCCGAAGAAUUGCUGGUUCAUAUACUGCUACGUCUUAACCUGCUGGAUCCCUGGUUUCAUGUUUCGCGUCUGUGGGAUUCGAACGCCAGAACAGCAGCGUGCUUGGAGGGAGAAAAUGGGACUGAUCUUCCUCAUUUUAAUGGAGAUGGCCGCCGUAGGAUUCAUUACAUUCGGGUUCACAGAGGCCGUCUGCGGGACGCCGCCGAACAGAUACCAUCAGGGACAGAUCAGCAACGCUUCUGUGAUCAUCCACGGUUACGACUACGACUUCUCAAAUUUCAAACAUCCCGCCGUCGGACCGUUCAAUGGGUCCACCAACCCGCUUAUUACCGGGGGCUGGAACUUGGCUUCCAACGAUGCUAGUUUCCUCUUUCAAACAGUGAACCAGAAUUGCCUCGGCCUCAUCACAAAGGCCAGUGGUUCAGCCAUCAACGGUAGCAAUGAUCAACCGGAUUGGUACUUUCCUUGCAACGUCUUCAACCCGCAAUCCAACAGUCAGAACCUGACUGGUUAUGGCGACUCCACCAACUGCCAUAUUUCCAGCCAAGCUAGGCAGGGGUUGGCUGGUAUGAGACCCCAAGGGCAAGUCUACUAUACGUGGGACGACCUCAUUGCGUCAAAUCGCAACCUCGCAGUCUAUGAAUCUACCGUACUUGACCUAGACUUGCUACAGUGGCUAAGCAGAACGGAAGUUCAAUACCCGACGCUUUUCGACGAAAUGAAAAGUGCCGAUGGGACUUACAAUGGCAAGGACUUGACCAUGAUGUUCAUGCGCACUGCUCAACAGCAAACUGGGAGAUGUCUUCAGGAUAUUGUCACUGUCGGCUUUAUUGACACGAAUAGCAUCGGCUGCGUCGCCUCUGAAGUUGUGCUCUACAUCUCACUCGUCUUCAUCAUCGGGGUCGUCGGCAUCCGCUUCGGAAUGGCUGUUCUCUUCUCCUGGUUUUUCUCGUGGAAACUCGGGAACUUCCCACGUGAAACUUACGAGCAACGGAUGCAACGCUCUCAGGAAAUAGAGGACUGGUCAAACGAUAUUUACCGUCCUGCGCCAAGUGAGUAUCGUCCAAAUGUCUCCAAGAACGGACUCCGUCACGGAAAGGGAGGAAAGCGAAGUGCAUUCCUCCCUUCAAUUUCUCGCUUCACUCCGCAAGAGAACGCUCUUAAGGGCCCCAAUCCACGCCCGACUACUGCGUACGGCAUGCUAGACGCUCCUUACAAGCGGAACACGUCACAUUCCAGUCCGAGGACAAAGGGAACCCCUCCUGAUUCGCCUGCUUAUCGCGCGUCCAGGAGCACAGUGUCAUUCGGAGAUUCUCGUUCCGGAUAUACAGAUACUCCGUGCCCCUUCCCAUUGGUCAACGUUGUGCCACAGCCUCCUCCCGACUACGAGCCAUUCAAUUUCCCGCUUGCACACACCAUCUGUCUUGUCACAGCAUAUUCUGAGUCUGUUGAAGGUUUGCGCACCACCUUGGACUCCCUGGCAACGACGGACUAUCCUAAUAGCCACAAGCUCUUGCUGGUUAUCGCUGAUGGAAUGGUCAAGGGUGCAGGCAACACGCUUACAACGCCCGAGAUUUGUUUGUCGAUGAUGAAGGAUUUCAUUAUCCCUCCUAACGAAGUCGAGCCCCAUUCGUAUGUUGCUAUCGCAGACGGACACAAGAGGCACAACAUGGCAAAGGUCUACGCAGGUUUCUACCACUAUGACAGUGCUACCGUCGAACGGUCAAAGCAACAGCGCGUCCCAAUGGUAGUCGUCGCCAAAGUCGGUAACCCGCUCGAAGCCAAUGACCCUAAACCCGGUAACCGCGGCAAGCGUGACAGUCAGAUCGUCCUCAUGGCUUUCCUUCAGAAAGUCAUGUUUGAUGAGCGAAUGACUACAUUUGAAUAUGAAUUCUUCAAUUGCAUUUGGAGGGUGACGGGUGUGAGCCCUGAUCGAUACGAGCUGGUGCUUUGUGUGGAUGCAGAUACCAAGGUCUUCCCUGAUUCGCUCACUCGUAUGGUGUCAUGUAUGGUCGUCGAUGUUGAGAUAAUGGGGUUGUGCGGCGAGACCAAGAUCGCCAACAAGGCAGAUAACUUUGUCACCAUGAUGCAAGUCUUUGAGUACUACAUCUCGCAUCAUAUGACUAAGGCGUUCGAGGCUAUGUUCGGAGGAGUAACAUGUUUGCCAGGUUGCUUCAGCAUGUACCGGAUUAAGGCGCCGAAGGGCGACAGCGGUUAUUGGGUUCCAAUCCUUGCGAAUCCCGAUAUCGUGGAACACUACUCAGAGAACGUCGUUGACACACUCCACAAGAAGAACUUGCUUCUACUGGGUGAAGAUCGUUACCUCACCACUUUGCUCUUGAAGACCUUCCCUCGCCGGAAGACGAUGUUCUGCCCUCAGGCAGUCUGCAAGACGAUAGUCCCUGACACGUUCCAGGUACUCCUGUCGCAAAGGCGUCGUUGGAUCAACUCUACUAUUCACAAUCUUGCUGAGCUCGUUCUUGUACGUGACUUGUGCGGCACUUUCUGCUUCUCGAUGCAGUUUGUCGUUGGAAUGGAGUUGAUGGGUACACUGGUUUUACCUGCUGCGAUCAGUUUCACGCUCUACCUGAUCAUCGUUUCCAUCAUUCCUGGUGGCACGAACACGACCAUCCCUCUCAUUCUUCUGGCCAUUAUCCUUGGUCUUCCUGGUCUCCUCAUUGUCAUCACGUCUCGCAAGGUUGCGUACGUUGGCUGGAUGCUUGUGUAUCUGGUCUCUCUCCCCAUAUGGAACGGGCUCCUCCCAGCUUACGCCUUCUGGCAUUUCGACGACUUCUCGUGGGGACAGACAAGGCAGAUAUCUGGCGACAAGGGCGGUACUCAUGCUGAUAAAGAGGGUGAAUUCGAUUCGUCGCACAUUGUCAUGAAGCGUUGGGCGGAGUUUGAGCGCGAGCGACGGUGGAGGAACGGCAUGCAAUCUCGCGAUUCUUCUGCACUAGACAAGAGCCGACAACGACAUGACAGCAAUGGAUUCCUGGGGAUUCCAACGCCCUUGCCCGUGAAUGUGCCCAGAGCGUUCCCUUCAGGGGCGUCAGCAACAUCUGUGGCCCGCUCGAGCGAGGAUGCAACGCACAUGUCUGACAUUGGUUCGAACUCACACCAGCGCCUGGUACCUAGCCCUCAGGAACAAUACUCCGACGUUUUUGGUGACAGGUAUUCUCCGCAAUUUGAUGCGCAAGUUGCACGGACAGCUGGUAACAACGGUGGUGUCCUGCGCAAUCCCACCUUGUCGAACCAGUAUCCUGGAGAGACGCAGAACCCAUUCCGACCUACCGAAGCGCAAGUCAUUUCGUACGAUGAGAGUUAUGGAUACACCGCUGAACCAGAGGAAGUACCUCCUCCGCCGCCUAGGCAGACGCGUGGUGUGAGCUUGUCGGACAACGGUCCUGUCCGUGGACCAGAUGUCGUACGGAGGGUGCCGCGCCAAGGAAGACGGUCAUCUUCGCAGGCCCCUCAAAAUCGGUAUUCGCGAGCCUCCACUGCGUUUAAUUUGCCGCCAGGAGCAGCUCCACCACAAGCUGGAGGAGCCUACUAACGGUCGAUGGUCGCUUGGUUCCCCACCUACUUUUCCUUGGCUUUAACGGCUCGAAAGGUUACAGCGCUGUCAUUUAUGUGGGACCUCUUGCCCUUUACUUUCUAGACGACGGGUCGACCGAUUCACACUGCACAUCAUAGUACAUGUUAAAGAUGAUGUUACAUACGGACUUCGCAGGCGCAUUUGUCAUAUGAUACCUCAUGACUCCAUCCAUCUCUCCUUACGGCGAUUGGGCACUCGUUUCUUUUUUUUUCUUUUCUUAUACUUUUUCUAUCGUACAACUCGCGGCUCCCGCAUUAUCGAGUGAUGCCAUGCACUCACAUUUGCCGCCCGAUUAUAACAAUUUCUCUGGUGUGUAAAACUGGCUGAUUUUCCG